AUGGGGCUUUUUGAUCCUUCCCAAAGAAGCUUACAAAGAAUUAUGCUAGAAACCACAACUCCAGAGAACACUGUAAGCAAGGAAACUCUGCUUAGAACAGCACCAUGUAAAAGCAACAUUUGUAAUACUUACGGGAAAACCUUCCCUGAUCGCAAUGCUCUUCUAAUCCAUGGAAGGAAACACAAUGCGAAGUCUCAAGGAUGGAAGCAGUGUGGAAAAGCUCAACCUUAUACCCUUCAAAUUCAUGAAACAACUCACAUUAGAGGGAAACACUGUGGAUGUAAACAAUGUGGGAAAGCCUACACUUGUUCCAGUACCCUUCAUGUUCAUGAAAGAACUCACACUGGUGAGAAACCCUAUGCAUGUAAGCAAUGUGGGAAAGACUUCACUCAAUCUUGUACCCUUCAGAUUCAUGAAGCAACUCAUAUUAGAGGGAAACCCUAUGUAUGUAAGCUGUGUGGGAAAGCCUUUAAUAGAGCCAGUCACCUUCAGAGACAUAGAAGAACUCACACUGGAGAGAAACCCUAUGUGUGUAAGAAAUGUGGGAAAGCCUACACUUGUUCCAGUACUCUUCGUGUUCAUGAAAGAACUCACACUGGAGAGAAACCCUAUGUAUGUAAGCAAUGUGGGAAAGCCUACACUUAUUCCAGUACCCUUCGUAUUCAUGAAAGAAAUCACACUGGAGAGAAACCCUAUGAAUGUAAGCAAUGUAGGAAAACCUUCACUCAAUCUUGUACCCUUCAGAUUCAUGAAACAACUCACAUUAAAGAGAAACCCUACAGAUGUAAACAAUGUGGGAAAGCCUACACUCGUUCCAGUACCCUUCAUGUUCAUGAAAAAAUUCACACUGGAGAGAAAUCCUUUGUAUGUAAUCAGUGUGGGAAAGCCUACUCUUAUUCCAGUACCCUUCGUAUUCAUGAAAGAACUCACACUGGAGAAAAACUCUAUGAAUGUAAGCAAUGUGGGAAAGCCUUCACUCAAUCUUGUACCCUUCAGAUUCAUGAAACAAUUCACAUUAGAGGGAAACCCUAUAGAUGUAAACAAUGUGGGAAAGCCUACACUCGUUCCAGUACCCUUCAUAUUCAUGAAAGAACUCACACUGGAGAGAAACCUCAUAGAUGUAAGCAAUGUGGGAAAGCCUUUAAUCGAGCCAUUCACCUUCAAAUACAUGAAAGAACUCACACUGGAGAGAAACCUCAUGGAUGUAAGCAAUGUAAGAAAACCUUUAAUCAAGCCAUUUCUCUUCAAAUACAUGAAAGAACUCACACUGGUGAAAAACCCUAUGGAUGUAAGCAAUGUGGGAAAUUCUUCACACAAGCCAGUCACCUUCAAUAUCAUGAAAGAACUCACACUGGAGAAAAACCCUAUGGAUGUAAGCAAUGUGGGAAAGCCUACACUCAAGCCAGUUACCUUCGUAUUCAUGAAAGAACUCAUACUGGGGAGAAACCUUAUGUAUGUAAGCUGUGUGGGAAAGCCUUUAAUGGAGCCAGUCACCUUCACAGACAUAGAAGAACUCACACUGGAGAGAAACCCUAUGUAUGUAAGCAAUGUGGAAAAGCCUUUAAUCGAGCCACUCACCUUCAGAGACAUAGAAGAACUCACACUGGAGAGAAACCCUAUGGAUGUAAGCAAUGUGGGAAAGCCUACACUUGUUCCAGUACUCUUCGUGUUCAUGAAAGAACUCACACUGGAGAGAAACCCUAUGUAUGUAAGCAGUGUGGGAAAGCCUACACUUAUUCUAGUACCCUUCAUGUUCAUGAAAGAACUCACACUGGAGAGAAACCCUAUGUAUGUAAGCAAUGUGGGAAAGCCUUCACUCAAGGCACUAACCUUCAAGCACAUAGAAGAAUUCACACGCAAGUGAAACCCUAUGGAUAUAAGCAAUGUGGGAAAGCCUUUGCUCAUUCCAAUCACCUUUGA